GAUUGGGAGUAUUUAUUGAAUUCAGACUACCACCAGAAGGUUGAGCCUCACCUUUUGAACAGAUCUUUAUGUCUGAGUCCUUUAGAAGUUUCUCAGAUAAAGGAUGAGGACUUGUCACAGAAUUUCAGUCUGGAUUCUUCUACACUUCUCAUCUCUCACAUACUUGCAAUGCUUUUUCUUCUUCACCAGGUCUUUGAGGAGCCUACAUUAAAUACUCUGAUGGGAGAAGGAAUUCAUUCACUUGUGGACCUAUUAGUUCAGCUGGCAAGGGAUUUAAAAUGGGAGUUUUACUUAGAUCAUUACUACAGGGAUCACACAGUGCUUUUCAGAACCACAGAACAUGUAUGCUCAAUUGAUCGAGAUUGUUCCAGUGGUGACAGUGAAGCGUGGCCCCCCCGGUAGAACCAGGGCUGUGUACCCUGUUUCCGUACUGUCCUGAGCUGGUGGAACCAUUGCCUCUUGCUAAGAGGAGUUUGACUGCUGAGUAAAAUUCGGGGCUCAUUGGGGAAGGAAAAUGUUUAACGAAGUGUUGAGUGGAGAGAGUUGUUUUGAAUUAUUCCUGUUGCAACCAAAGCAAUGCUCUUUCCAUCCCCAGUGGUUUUAAAUAUUGUUAACAAUUAUCCUAGUGGUUGUUGCUGCUCAAAUGGCAACUCAAGCUAAACACUGAGUGAAGUGGAAUGCAGCCCAGUAAGUAAUUUUUGCUCUUAAUGAGAGCAUUUGAAGAUAUAAAUUGGCACACGGGAAAGUUUGGAAAGAUAUGAUUGAGUCUGACCAGUGUUGCACAGUGGUUGAGGGUCCCCCUGUGAACCAGGCAGGCGUUCACGGUUGGUUUGAUUCCAGGUCAGGGCACAUGCCUGGGUUGCAGACUGGAUCAUCAUUGGGUGUCGUGAAGGAGGCAGCCGAGGAAUGAUUCUCUCUCAUCAUUUUUGUUUCUCUCUCCUUCGCUCUCCCUGAAAUCAAUCUAAGUAUAUUUUUAAAAUAUACAUUUAGCCUAGCCCUGGCUGAUGGGGCUCAUUUGGGUGGGCAUCUCCCCUUGCACUGAAAGGUUUCCGGAUCAGUUCCCAGAAGGGGGGUACUUGGCAGGGUUUUGCGGUCAGUUCCUUUCAGGGGUGGGCAGGAGGCAGCUGACCCACUAUUCAUCGAUGUUUCUCUGCCUCUCCUUUCCUCUCUCUACUCUAUAUUUAUAUAUUGGAUAUAUGAUCCUAGUGUAAAACCAGAAACUAUACAUAAGAAAAGGAAAAGAUACUGUCACUUCUAGUAGUUUCAAUUCCUCCAGUUCACUCGUGUUCACAUUUUGAUGCAUACAUUUCCAGAUUUCAUUUCUCCAUUUCAUCAGUUUAUACUUACCAGAAAAAAUUAAAUGUUUUAAACAUUAUUUUAAAACUGUAUGAUGCAGUGAACAUCCUUCC